CAGCGCAGAGACGCAUAUUGGACACUGUACACCCUCAGCAACUCCAUUCCUCUAAACGGGCCGCGCGGAGGUGCAUGGCCCCAUUUCCCUGUAUGAUGAUGAAUCCUGUGCAGGGGUCGCCGUCCCAAGACGCCAAACAGCUUCAUCAGAAAGAGGAGACGGACACGGAGGGAGAGGAACUUCAGCCUAAAGACAUGACCACAGAUAAAGGAUACAAACUCCAGCGGAGCAGCCUCCCGUUUAGCGUCGAGUCGUUGAUUUCCAAGAAGACCACCUGUCGGACUUCUUAUUCCCCCGCAGAUUUAGCUCUGGUGCUGCCGAAGCCCGUGGCCGGGCAAAGCGGGGCGCAGUUCUCUCCAAGGACUCUUUACGCGGAGAGGAAGGUUUCCGCGGAGAGCUCGCAGGGUGUUUCCAAUAGCUCCAGCGAGGACAGUCCGCAGUUUUGUGAGAAGGAUCAGAGCACUUGGUUCCAGACGUCCUCCUUUCCCACUCCGCCUCGGAGCUCAAGUCCAACUCAGUGUACUUUAAGGAAACACAAAAACAACAGGAAACCUCGCACGCCUUUCACUACCUCCCAGCUGCUCGCGCUGGAGCGCAAGUUCCGCCAGAAGCAGUACCUCUCCAUCGCCGAGAGAGCCGAGUUCUCCAACUCUCUCAACCUGACGGAGACUCAGGUCAAAAUUUGGUUUCAGAACAGGAGGGCCAAAGCCAAGAGACUGCAGGAGGCCGAGCUGGAAAAGUUUAAACUGGCCUCCAAGCCCGUCCUGCCCGCCUUCGCGCUGCCGUUCCCCCUCGGAGCGCACAUGGGGUCUCCGACGUGGGGCCCGUCAAGCGCCUUCCCGAGGCCCAGUCUGCCGGUCCCAGGACUGUUCAGUGGACCCGUCACUUAUGGGAUGUACUAUUUGUCUUAGUGUUACUGUGUCUGUAUGUGUGGUUUUAAGAGAAAAAACAGUCCUCUGUCAUGGUUGCAAUACACUUAUGAACGAGGAUGAUGCUACAUCUCGGAAAACAUUUUCAUAUUUUCAAUUCCGAGUUUACAGAAAUGUUCUGACCUCCAGAAUAGAAAACUGUUAAAAUGUGGGACAUAUUUUUGAUGUAUAAAUGUGUGCGUAACUGGACGGAGUGAGUUCACUUGCUCUCCUCAUUUUAAGAUGAGAUGAGGUGUCCAGUUGUGGGUUGUGGAUUCACAGGCCUAAAUUGCUUAGGCAAAACUCCAGAAGUAAAUGUCAGGUUUUUAAACGACAUGCCUUAAACAUCUCAUUCCAGCUUCAGUCCGCCGUGCCCCGCAGUAGUUUGUGUGGAUGCACAUUUAAAGUGUGUCCGGACAUGAAGGCAAUGAUCUGAGGUGGAGGAAAUUGUUUAAAAGCAACAGAAAAGUACUUAAACGGUGUCAGUGCCUUAAGACCAGAGUAUCACUUGAAGUAUUUCUCCUAAUUCAGCUUUGACUGUUUCUAGUAAAACUGCAGUUUUCCGGAGUUGCUGUUUGAAUGUUUGCAUUUCCCUACAGUUCCUGUCACGAUUCCUAUAUUUUGUAAAAAUGGAGCAAAAUUAUAUUUUAGAACAACACAUGUAUUAGGUCGGUUUUUUUUACUCUCACAACGUGGCCUUUAUGGGAGUGAUGGUAGAUUUUCUCUGAGGAUUUUUGCUGUAAAUGUAAAUAAAAUGUGUAGUGUUCAUAAAGUCCUGCGGCCUC